AGGGUCUGUUGACAUUCAGGGAUGUGGCUGUGGACUUCUCCCAGGAGGAGUGGGAAUGCCUGGACUCCGCUCAGAAGGCUCUGUUCAUUGAUGUGAUGGUGGAGAAUUACAGCAACCUGGUCUCUGUGGAGAACUAUUGCAUAUGUGAUACUGGCCAUCAACAUGUGAAUACUGAAAAGCAGUCUUGUCAGUGUAAUGGACUUGGCAAAUGGACUCAAGAAUGCUCCAAAUGGUCACUUUAUAAAAAUAGUCCAACUACAGAAAACUCCAGUAACUACAGAAGUAGUAAUCACAGGACUGCCUCUAUUUACUUGUCAAACCCAGAGAGACAUAAAAGCCCUAACAGUGGAGAAGAACCUUGCAAAGCUAAAUACUGUGAGAACUCUUUAAAUUUGUGUCCCAACAUUACUGAAGAUCAAAGACUCUACACUGCAAAGAAAGAGCACACACAGGAGGAAUAUGAUGACAUUGUUGGUUCAACAUACAGUCUUUUACAACAAACAAUCUGCCUUGAAGAGAAACCACACCAGUGUGGGAAAUGUGGGAAAUGCUUCAGUACCUCCUCAAACCUCAGUGUACAUCGCAGAAUUCAUACUGGAGAGAAACCCUAUAAGUGCAAUGUUUGUGAAAAGUCCUUUAACCAGUGUGCAAAUCUUAAAACACAUCAAAGGCUCCAUACUGGGGAGAAACCUUACAAAUGCAAAGAAUGUACAAAGUCAUUUCGUCAGUUGUCAGCACUCAAAAACCAUCAGAAAAUACAUACUGGAGAGAAGCCUUACAAAUGCAAGGAGUGUGACAAAUCUUUUACUGUAAAGUCAACACUUACAAAACAUCAGAGAAUUCAUACUGGAAAGAAACCCUACAAGUGCAGUGUUUGUGACAAAUCCUUUACCCAAUGCUCAAGUCUCAAAACACAUCAAAGACUUCAUACUGGAGAGAAACCUUACAACUGCAAGGAGUGUGGAAAGUCAUUUCGUCAGUUGUCAGCGCUUAAAAGCCAUCAGAAAAUCCAUACUGGUAAAAGACGUACAGGAGAGAAGCUUUACAAAUGCAAUGAGUGUAACAGAACAUGUAGCCACUAUUCAUCACUUAAAAGGCAUCAGAAAAUUCAUUCUCUAGAGAAAUUAUAUAAAUGCCAAGAAUGUGGUAAGUGCUAUAUUGAAUUAUCACACCUGAAAGCACAUUACAGAAUCCAUACUGGUGAGAAACCUUACAAAUGUGAGGUAUGUGACAAAUCCUUUACUACGACCUCAACUCUUAGAAAACAUGAAAAAAUUCACACUGGAGAGAAACCUUACAAAUGCAUAGAAUGUAAUAAAUCCUUUACCCAGGACUCACAUCUUAGGAGACACCACAGAGUUCACACUGGAGAGAAACCUUAUGUAUGUAAGGAAUGUGACAAAUCCUUUUCUAAGUCUUCAACUCUUAGAGAACAUCAGAAAAUUCAUACUGGAGAGAAAAUUUACAAAUGCAAAGACUGUGAAAUAUCCUUUACCAAGUAUUCGUAUCUGAGAAGACAUCAAAGAGUUCAUUCUGAAGUGAGACAUCACUUCUGUAAGGAAUGUGGCAAAUCUUUUACUAGGGGCUCAUAUCUUAGAAUACAUCAGAAAAUUCAUACUGGAGAAAAACCUUACAAAUGCAAAGACUGUGACAAAUCCUUUAUCCAGCUUUCAAAACUUAGAGUGCAUUAUGGAGUCCAUACUGAAGAGAGAACUUGCAUGUAUAAGAAAUGUGGCGAAUCCCUUUCUAAGUGCUCACCUUUACAAGCACAUCAGAAAAUGCAUACUGUGGAGGAAUACUGUUAUAAAUAUUGUGACAUAGCAUUUGUCUCGUAA